GAGGUCCUUUCAGCCAGGAAGGUAUUUCAGCAGACACAAUGCGAUCGAUAUUUUGACACAGUGAAUAAUUGUCGCGUGUGUAUAUGCCCAUGCAAUACCAUUAUAGAACACGUACGAGCUACAUUAGCUCACCAUCUUCUUAGCAACUGUGUUGCCGCACGAUGUCCCUGUCUGUCCAGAAAUCAUUUUGGUUCCUGAUUCUGUGUAUUUUCUCUCAUGACGUUGUUGCAAGAAGAGGUAACUAACUUUUCGAAAACCUUUAUAAUAACCCAACAUCAACAAGAAGCGAUUUUUGAAAGGCAUCUAUGUGAAAACGUAUAAUUGCUCAGUAACAUUGUUGCAAUUUAGUUAUGUUGCUCAAUGUCUGUCGUUUGUUCAAAGCUUGCUACGUAGCUGAUUUUAAGGCGGGGCAACUAUGGCUGCGUUUACACAGGCAGCCAAAUUCUGAUAUUUUGCAAGAUUAUUGGCAAAAUACCUGAUCUGAUUGGUCAAAAGACCAAUUAGUAGAAAAUGAUUCAGAAUUGGGCUGCCUGUGUAAACGCAGCCAUUGUAACCUUGACUAAUUUGUUUUUCUUUAGUUAGGCGCAAUGUUCUCUUCAUCAUGGCUGAUGAUUUGAGACCAACAUUAGGAUGCUACGGGGAUCCUGUUGUAAAGUCACCAAACAUUGAUCAACUUGCCUCUAAAAGUAAUGUAUUUCACAACGCAUAUGCCCAGGUACGCCUAUAACAGAUAAAGAUAAGUGAUUUAACGCUGUAGCCCAAGCCUACUUUAGUUGGCAAUCCGUUCUCUACCAAUGAUUGUAACUAUAUAAAUUCAUCUCCCAUUUGUCUUGAUCUUUCUGUCAUUCAAUUUGUAGCAAGCAGUGUGUGGACCAAGUCGGACCUCCUUACUAACAAGUCGUAGACCUGACACAACCCGGUUAUAUGACUUUAAUUCCUACUGGCGAGUACAUGCGGGAAACUACACCACUCUCCCUCAGUACUUCAAGUCAAAGGGCUACACCACCAUGUCGGUUGGAAAGGUUUUUCACCCAGGUUAAAGGAAUCCUAGCCAUUUGUCAGCAUGUUGACAUUUAUUGGGAUGAGUCUUUUCCUGGAUGCUGAGCGGUUUCCACUAGAUGGGCCAGCCGCAAUGUCAAAAUUGGCUAUAUAGUAAACAAAAUACAUAACACAUUUUUGUUUUGGUCUUAAUUGAAGGUUAGGCAUAAGGUUAGCAUUGUGGUUAGGUUUCCAAUCUGAUGACUUUGUGGCUAGGCCAACUGGUGAUCACACAGCAGAGCUGCCUCCAGGACAAGAUUCAUCCCAAUAAAUGCCAACCUGCCGUUUGUCUUAACCCUACUUAAUAUGUUAGUGCUUGGUGUAUUCUUAUCAGUCUACAUUGAAAAAUGAGUAACAAUUAUCGUGUUUUCCUCAGUGUCCACUGUGUUCAAUGUUUUAAAAUGCCUUACUGCUUAAUUUGUGCAGUAUCUCGUCAUGUGACGUGAGUCUAUCAAAUUGCCAGAGGCUGUUUCUCAUGUCUUCUUAAUCCUCCUUAGUCUGUUGUGCUAAUAUCACUGUUAUGUGCUUGUGUUGAAGGCAUAGCCUCUAAUCACUCGGAUGAUUACCCGUACAGCUGGUCUGUACCUCCUUAUCAUCCUCCCUCUUUCAAGUAUGAAAAUAUGAAGGUCAGUGUUUGCCUUGACUGCUGCCAUAACUCUCUAGUCUACAGAUGCUUUAGCCAUGUAUGGCUUAAAUGUUGUCGGUAUACUGAAUUAAUUCCAUUCAGUAUACAGACAUUAAUUUUAGGAUAUAAAUGGCUACAGAUGCUUAUGGCUGUUGUCUGAUUUGAGCCCUCUGUGUAUUAUGUCAAAUCUAACUGCCUAAUAUAAGAUGUUUCUCAUGCAUUUGAACAAAUUCCAAAAGGUUAAAUGUUUAGCAUGAGAGAAAUGUAUUGCUUUGUUUAGGUUUGCAAGGGCAGUGAUGGCAAACUGCAUGCCAACCUGCUGUGCUCUGUGAAUGUGUCCGAAACCCCUCUGGGGACACUGCCUGACAUGGAGAGCACAGAGGAAGCCAUCAGGCUGCUCAAGUCCACCAGAGAUUCUGACAAACAUUUCUUUCUGGCUGUUGGAUUCCACAAACCUCACAUUCCCUUCAGAAUCCCACAGGUACUGCAGCUGCCUGGCUUACUUCAUAACACCAGGAGUGGUUAAACCAGGGUUUCCCAAACUCUGUCCUCAGGUCCCAAGGGGUGCACAUUUUGGUUUUUGCCCUAGCACUACACAGCUGACUCAAAUAAUCAAGCUUUGAUCAUUUGAAUCAGCUGUUUUAUUUAUUUUUAUUUCACCUUUAUUUAACCAGGUAAGCCAGUUGAGAACAAGUUCUCAUUUACAACUGCGACCUGGCCAAGAUAAAGCAAAGCAGUGCGGUAAAAACAACAACAACUGUGUAGUGUUAGGGCAAAAAACAUAACGUUCACUCCUUGGGGUCCCGAGGACCGAGUUUGGGAAAUGCUGGGUUAAACCAUGACAUAGAUUAGCAAUACUUACUGUUCUCUCAAUAGAAUGUAGAUGGUAUGAUUUGUAACAUACUGAUGAAACUGCCUUUGCACUUGGAAAAUGUAAUUUAAUUCCUAAAUUGCCUAACUCUUUGUGUGUAUUAGGAGUUCUUGACACUCUAUCCCCUGGAUAAGAUUACCCUGGCUCCAGAUCCUGAUGUUCCUAAAGGCCUCCCCAGCGUGGCCUACAAUCCCUGGACUGACAUCAGGAAAAGGGAAGAUGUCCAAGCGCUAAACAUCAGCUUCCCAUAUGGGCCAAUCCCAAAGGAUUUCCAGGUUGGUUAGGUGUAGUUUCCUGAUUUUGUAGGAGCAAGGUAUCUUUUCUAUAUGGUUUUCAAUGUGGCUCUAGAUGGUUGAAGCACAACUGGAAGCAAAGAAAUCCACCAAUCUGUUACACGAUAGCUGCACGUUAGAGAGUGUCACUUGGGGGAAAAAGGCCCCUAUGGCAGGUCAAAUCAAAUAGAGGCGAUAUGAUGCAGACAAAUGGUGAACUAUUUAAACGCUUUUACAAAAAUCUAUACAGGUAGAAGCAGCAUAUUAUACUUCAGCAGGUUGCAUAUUAUUCAUGACUAUAGUAUAAAUGUUUGAUUCAGCUCCAGAUUCGACAGCACUAUUAUGCGUCUGUGUCAUACAUGGACUCCCAAGUGGGCCGGUUGUUGAAUGCUCUGGAUGAUCUGGGACUGGCUGAAGACACUGUUGUGGUCUUUACAUCUGACCAUGGUAAGUAAACUCUUAGUUCUGUUUCAAUACAUUAUGUACUGUAGAAAGAAAUCUGCUGCAUACAUCACUGCUGUCUAGCCUAUAAUGGUUUGUCAGUGGCAUUGACUUUUCAACAGGUAAAUUGCUUUUGUAGUUCUUUGUCCACUAGAUGGGGAUGUGACAUCAAAAUUCUGCCUUUACUCUCCUGAAGCCUCAAGCUUGGAUCCAUUCAAAGCAUAUGUCGACUUUACUAUGAACUGUUUCUUUAUGCAUGUUGCAUAGCGAUAAUUAAAUGUUUAUAGUCUCAUUGUUUAAAUACAUUGGCGUUUAGGUAUGUAUUUGUAAUAUGAUUCAUUUCUCUUACAGGAUGGUCACUAGGGGAGCAUGGGGAAUGGGCCAAAUACAGCAACUUUGACGUGGCCACUCGCGUUCCCCUAAUGUUCUACGUAGCGGGUAUGACUGCAGUCCGUCCUUGGCCAGAGGACGAGACCUUUCCCUACAUGGAUGUGUUUGGCCCAACACAGCAUCACUUCACACAAGGUAUACUAUACACUCCUAUAGUCAAUAACUAGUUUUCAUUCCUCGUGCACUUUUGUUUCAUUGAUCUGGCAAGACGUGAUGAUGAUAGCAGUAUGGUGGAAACUAUCCAGUUAUUUUUUUCUCUAUCAGUGGUAGUGAAGGAGGAUGCCAUUAGGAAGAUUCAAUUGCAUACUCCUCUCCCCUUGUCUCCUUCUCAAAACCCAUUGGCGGAGAAGGUCAGAGGGGAGAGACCUCUGGCUUUCUCAUCCAAUGGGUUUUUAAGAAGGAGAGGAUGUGAGGAGUAAUGAAUUGAGAUCUUCCCAUUCAGUAAAUGGGCUGCGUUUAGACGGGCAUUUCAAUUCUGAUAUUUUUCUCACUAAUUGGUAUUUUGACCUAUCAGAUCAGCUCUGGAAAAAGAGCUGAUGUGAAAAGACCUAUUGUGAUUGGUCAGAAGACCUAGUAGUGAAAACAAUAUCAGAAUUGGGCUGGCUGUGUACAGUGGGGAGAACAAGUAUUUGAUACACUGCUGAUUUUGCAGGUUUUCCUACUUACAAAGCAUGAAGAGGUCUGUAAUUUUUAUCACAGGUACACUUCAACUGUGAGAGACGGAAUCUAAAACAAAAAUCCAGAAAAUCACAUUGUAUGAUUUUUAAGUAAUUAAUUAGCAUUUUAUUGCAUGACAUAAGUAUUUGAUACAUCAGAAAAGCAGGACUUAAUAUUUGGUACAGAAACCUUUGUUUGCAAUUACAGAGAUCAUACGUUUCCUGUAGGUCUUGACCAGGUUUGCACACACUGCAGCAGGGAUUUUGGCCCACUCCUCCAUACAGACCUUCUCCAGAUCCUUCAGGUUUCUGGGCUGUCGCUGGGCAAUAUGGACUUUCAGCUCCCUCCAAAGAUUUUCUAUUGAGUUCAGGUCUGGAGACUGGCUAGGCCACUCCAGGAUGUUGAGAUGCUUAUUACGGAGCCACUCCUUAGUUGCCCUGGCUGUGUGUUUCGGGUCGUUGUCAUGCUGGAAGACCCAGCCACGACCCAUCUUCAAUGCUCUUACUGAGGGAAGGAGGUUGUUGGCCAAGAUCUCGCGAUACAUGGCCCCAUCCAUCCUCCCCUCAAUACGGUGCAGUCGUCCUGUCCCCUUUGCAGAAAAGCAUCCCCAAAGAAUGAUGUUUCCACCUCCAUGCUUCACGGUUGGGAUGGUGUUCUUGGGGUUGUACUCAUCCUUCUUCUUCCUCCAAACACGGCGAGUGGAGUUUAGAACAAAAAGCUCUAUUUUUGUCUCAGACCACAUGACCUUCUCCCAUUCCUCCUCUGGAUCAUCCAGAUGGCAUCAUUGGCAAACUUCAGACGGGCCUGGACAUGCGCUGACUUGAGCAGGGGGGCGUUGCGUGCGCUGCAGUAUUUUAAUCCAUGACGGCGUAGUGUGCUACUAAUGGUUUUCUUUGAGACUGUGGUCCCAGCUCUCUUCAGGUAAUUGACCAGGUCCUGCCGUGUAGUUCUGGGCUGAUCCCUCACCUUCCUCAUGAUCAUUGAUGCCCCACGAGGUGAGAUCUUGCAUGGAGCCCCAGACCGAGGGUGAUUGACCGUCAUCUUGAACUUCUUCCAUUUUCUAAUAAUUGCGCCAACAGUUGUUGCCUUCUCACCAAGCUGCUUGCCUAUUGUCCUGUAGCCCAUCCCAGCCUUGUGCAGGUCUACAAUUGUAUCCCUGAUGUCCUUACACAGCUCUCUGGUCUUGGCCAUUGUGGAGAGGUUGGAGUCUGUUUGAUUGAGUGUGUGGACAGUUAUCUUUUAUACAGGUAACGAGUUCAAACAGGUGCAGUUAAUACAGGUAAUGAGUGGAGAACAGGAGGGCUUCUUAAAGAAAAACUAACAGGUCUGUGAGAGCCGGAAUUCUUACUGGUUGGUAGGUGAUCAAAUACUUAUGUCAUGCAAUAAAAUGCAAAUUAAUUACUUAAAAAUCAUACAAUGUGAUUUUCUGGAUUUUUGUUUUAGAUUCCGUCUCUCACAGUUGAAGCGUACCUAUGAUAAAAAUUACAGACCUCUACAUGCUUUGUAAGUAGGAAAACCUGCAAAAUCGGCAGUGUAUCAAAUACUUGUUCUCCCCACUGUAAAUGCAACCUUUGAGACACACUUCUAUUCUUCUGUCUCUAAAAGUCAUUCUUCCCCAGGACAGAUUAUUGGGAGAAGUUUGUGCUCCACUAUCGCUGCAUUUACACAAUUCUGAUCUUUUUCAGAGCUGAUCUCAUUGGUCAAAAUGGCAAUUGGUGAAAAACAUCAGCAUUAGGCUGCCUGUCUAAAAGCAGCCUAUGUAACAUUGUUAUUCCCCAUUUAUAAUGUAGUAGACUAUCGGUUGUGGGGCUGUGACUCACUCUACCUCUCUUCUCCACAGGAGGAACGGAGAGCAAUGUGAACGAGCUGCUAGAUGUCUUCCCCACCGUGUCUGUCCUGGCUGGGCUGAAGCCCCCACUCCCCUGUCCCGACAACUCCUUCAACGUGGAGCUCUGCACAGAGGGACAGAACCUGGCCUACACCUUCAACCACAACAACAGCAGGAACUCUGAGGCCAUUGCCUGCAGCCAGUACCCCCGGCCCGCAGACACCCCCCAGGAGAACUCUGACCUGCCCGACCUGAAGGACAUCCGGAUAAUGGGCUAUUCUCUGCGCUCCUGGGACUAUCGCUUCACCCUGUGGGUGGGCUUCGACCCUGCUAGCUUCCAGGCUAACCUGUCAGACGUGCACGGUGGGGAGCUGUACCUCCUGGAGGAAGACCCAGGCCAGGACCACAACCUGUAUAACAGCUCUGAGCACAGCCUGCUCCUCCGCAAGCUGAGCCAGAGCCAUCAGCAGCCCUGGGCCCAGACCCUCAAACAACACCUCCUAUACCUCACUGCAGGGACCAAAUCUAAAGGGAUGGCAUGAUGCUUUGUUUGGGUAAUGAACUAUUUAUAAGGGAAGGUCUUCAUUUUUGCUGUAUUCAUAAGGGAUGUUUCCAUUGUAGGAAAGUACCUGGAACUAGAUUAUGAUUCACAUUUUCUUUAGGUAGUUUGUAGUUAGGAUAUUAUGUACUGUAGGUUAACCAAUCUACAAUACAGGGAUUUAAGGUGCAAGCAUUAUCUUAGCAUUUCUGAAUGUUGGUGGUAACAUUCAAUGGCAAGGAUUUGACUCGAGCUCUAAAUUGAACAUAAAAUGAGCUCCAUGGAAACCACCAAGAUCACUCCCUUUGAUCCCUGUUCACUGGUUAUUAGUAUGCUAGGUUUGAGACGAGUAGAUUUAUUUUGCAAGCAUAAAGUAUGAUUUCCUAAGGGACUGUAACAAACUGCAAUGGUGAAAUGCAUUAUAUAGCCUAUUCUUUCACCUAGGGAAAAGAUGACAAAUCACUUGGAUUUGUUGGUCAUUAGGGCCAACAUGGGGAGGUCUUGGUGAACAUGCUGUACUGUAAAACGAUCCACUUUCAUGCUUUGCACAUAGAUGUUAUUUAUUGACACUGUAUAGAUAUUUUUUUGAAAUAUGUUGUACAAGUAUAUGCAUUUCAAAAUGUAUCCAAUCC